UGCCCCGUCCGUGCAGCUGUCCGUCCUUCCCGUCCGUCUCCGCUCCGCAACGGGGGCGCAUCGCUGCCGUUGCAUGUUCGGUGUAGGGAAAUCUGCCCUGACCUUCAGUUGAAUCGUGUGUGUGUCCGUGUUUUUCCGAGUGAAGAGGAAAAGAGGAAAGCCACAAGUCGAGUGGAGGAAUCGGCGUCAUCAGAUCGGGGUUGGGACACAGAAGCAAGCAGCAACCAAACAAAGCUACACUUCUACCAGCAUGCAGACCUCUACCCUUCUCGUCCUGCCCCUUCUCCUCCUUACCCUCAUGUUCUCCCCCUCAAUGAGCCAGAGCGAUGGAGACCUCAUUGUUCAGACACGUACUGGUCAUAUCCGUGGCAUCCGCCUACCAGUCCCAGACCGGAGUUACAUCACAGCCUUCCUGGGAAUCCCCUUUGCUGAGCCCCCUGUUGGAAAGCGCCGUUUUCGUCCCGCCGAGCCCAAGAGCACAUGGACUGGGAUCUAUGAGGCUAAUGCAUACCCCAAUGCCUGCUACCAGGCAGUGGACACCACCUUUCCAGGCUUUCAGGGCAGUGAGAUGUGGAACCCCAACAGGGAGAUGAGUGAAGACUGUCUGUACCUAAACAUCUGGGUUCCCUCCUCUCCAAUGCCACACAAUCUCACUGUCAUGGUUUGGAUUUAUGGUGGAGGGUUCUACAGUGGUUCAUCUUCACUGGAUGUGUAUGAUGGCCGCUACCUUGCCCACAGUGAGAAAGUCAUAGUGGUUUCUAUGAACUACCGGAUCGGUGCCUUUGGCUUCCUGGCUCUGCAUGGCUCUUCUGAGGCUCCUGGUAACGUGGGUCUGCUGGACCAGAGGAUGGCUUUGCAAUGGGUCCAGGAUAACAUCAAUGUUUUUGGUGGCAACCCCAAACAGGUUACCAUCUUUGGUGAGAGUGCUGGUGGUGCAUCAGUAGGGUUUCACCUCCUUUCCCCUGACAGCCGACCAACUUUCUUACGGGCCAUUCUCCAAAGUGGGGUCCCCAACUGCCCCUGGGCAACCGUUGGCCCCGCUGAGGCCCGGAGAAGAGCUACCCUGCUGGGCAAGCUGGUGGGCUGCAAUGGGGGGAACGACACAGAGUUGGUGGAUUGUCUUCGCAGUAAAUCUCCACAGGAGCUCAUUGACCAAGAGUGGCAGGUACUGCCUUGGUCAGCCCUCUUUCGCUUCUCAUUUGUCCCUGUUGUUGAUGGAGUGGUUUUACCUGAUACCCCUGAGGCCAUGCUCACCUCAGCCAACUUCAAGGACACCCAGAUCCUCCUAGGGGUGAAUCAAGAUGAGGGCUCCUACUUCCUGUUGUAUGGAGCACCAGGCUUCAGCAAGGACAAUGACAGUCUCAUUUCCAGGGAGGACUUCUUGGAAGGUGUAAAGCUGAGUGUCCCCCAUGCUAAUGACAUCGGCUUGGAGGCGGUUGUACUCCAGUACACAGACUGGAUGGAUGAGAACAAUGGGCUGAAGAACCGCAAUGCCAUGGAUGACAUUGUGGGUGACCACAACGUCAUCUGCCCACUUGCACACUUUGCCCACUCCUAUGCUCAGCACAACGCACUCAAGGCUAACACAGGGGGAUCAAACUCCGGGGUCAUGAACAGUGGGGGAAACUCACAAGGUGGUGUCUACCUCUACCUGUUUGACCACCGUGCCUCCAACUUGGCCUGGCCUGAGUGGAUGGGGGUGAUCCAUGGCUAUGAGAUUGAAUUUGUCUUCGGCCUACCCUUAGAGAAGAGACUCAACUACACGAUUGACGAGGAGAGGCUCAGCCGGCGCAUGAUGAGAUACUGGGCCAACUUUGCACGCACUGGAAACCCCAACGUGAACCAUGAUGGAAUGGUAGACAGUGGGAAGCGCUGGCCUCUCUUCACUGUCAGUGAGCAGAGGCACGUGGGACUAAACAUAGAGCCCUUCAAGAUCCACAAAGGCUUGCGGAACCAGCUCUGUGCCUUCUGGAACCGCUUCCUGCCACGCCUCCUCAACAUCACUGAUAACAUAGAUGAGGCGGAGCGCCAAUGGAAGGUUGAAUUCCACCGCUGGUCAUCCUACAUGAUGCACUGGAAGAGCCAGUUUGACCAUUACAGCAAGCAGGAGCGCUGCACCGACCUCUGA